AACAAUCGAUUGGUGUCCUGGCGCGCUCCCUGAACUCCGUGCACCUCUCGAUUUUGGGCGUCCGCGGGCGGAAGUCUCGAUCUUGUGAGUCACUCGCUUCAAGGUUUCGGCACUCAUUACCCUGAAUGCAACAACGCCUCUAGAGACAACCUCCUCUACAAGUUCCGCCGAUUCCUUUCUUACGAAAAUCCUCUAGAGAUGUCGCCCGAAAACAAACAUGUCAGCGCGCAUACGCGUAGUCACGUGCGCGCAGUGCCCAAAGCGUGCGCGUUUCAAAGUAAUGUAUUCGUAAUGAACGCGCAAAUGAUAUCCACCGACAUAUUUUGCUUGUGAAGCAUCCGCCUUGCAGCGCAUUAGGUCAAAUGUCUGUGCUGCAACGACGCGCUAUGAUGGAAAAGCGAGAUUAGACGUCCUGCAAAGUUACAGCCUAUGGUUACAGCAGCAACAUGACGGAGGUGACAUCUUGCAACUUCGAGCGUCUCGCUCCUGAAAUCGAGGCCGCCAUCGAAAAUGCCGCAUUUGUGGCCAUAGACACGGAAUUUACCGGUCUCGUUCAGGGACCGGACGCAAUGCCUAGUCUGUUUGACAGCAUCGAGGAGCGUUACGCCAAGCUGCGCCAGACCGUCGCUUCUUUCUACGUGUGUCAGCUGGGGCUUUGUACGUUCACCUCUGUGCCGGAGGAAAAUCUUUAUAGGGCGAACGCCUUCAACAUCUACCUCUGCCCGCGCUCCUUCGGCAACGUGGACCCUCAGUUCUGCGUUCAAGCCUCUUCAGUGGAGUUUCUUUGUCAGAAUGGCUUCGACUUCAACAAAUGCUUCUACAAGGGCGUCCCUUACGCGGACAGGGCAUGCCAGAGAGCUGCCGACCUGUACAUUAUGAACGAGCGGUACUUUGAGAAGCCAGGCCUGGCCCAAAUUUACGACUGCGUGCGCCACUGGUUGAACAACAACGACCGAACAAAAUCGGACAGUGACGAUUCGUUGAUCGUGACGCCGCCCGAAGGCCUGAGUGUCGCGCUUGUCAUGGCUGAUCUGAAGACGCGUUUCCCCGGCGUCGACGUUCGCAUCUGUCGCGGUGGACUGAAGCUGACGCUGUCCGAGGACUGCGAACCGCAACGCGUCGCCGCCGAAGGCCGAGCCCCCACGGAGACGGAGCUGCGCUGCGCCAUGCUGGGUUUCAGCCGCUGUUUCGAGGUGCUGGCGGCAAGCGGCAAGCCCGUGGUGGGCCACAACAUGCUACUCGACCUGCUGCUACUGUACCACCAGUUCUGCGAGCCCCUUCCGAAGUCGUACGCCAGACUCAAAGCGGGACUGAGCUCCGUGUUCCCAGCGGUGUACGAUACGAAACACAUGUCGCUGCAGCUUCGGCAACAGGGUGUUCCAUGGCUGAAGGAGUUGAUGUCAGGUGCAGACCUGUUCUCCCUACACAAGGCUCUGAGCAAUGCGGUGGUACCGUAUGCACCACGCAUCGAAGGAGCACCCAAAGACCUACGGGCUCACGAGGCUGGCUGCGAUGCCUAUGCGGCAGGCUUCGUCUUUCUGAAACUGGCCCACAUAGUUGCUCAACGGUUUCCAACGCCACCCCGUGCUCUGUCCUGGAAGAACCAUCGAGAUGCUGUGCGGCCCUAUGCGAAUCGAGUGAACUUGAUCCGUGCCCAGUACCAUCAUCUCAGCCUGGGCACUGCCGACCGGACUGCAGAGACAAGGCCCCCGUGGCUUUGCAUCCGCUCAUCGGACCAAGCGCAGGCAAAGGUGCGGGCUGUGCUGGCGCGCUGCGGCGUUGUCGACAUGCGCCGCCUUUCGAACAGCUGCCUCCUAGUCGCCGUGGGCAACUUUGGGUGUGCGAGAGACAUUGUGGAGGCCUUCCAAGAUGACCCUGCGGUCAGAGUGGUCAAGUACAACUCGUAUAGACAUGGCGGCAUCAUGCGGGCCUGGCUGUGGAUGGCAACUGUCGGCACGCUUGCGCUGACGGCGGGUUGCGCACUCCAGCUGGCAUCUGGAAAGGUGCCUGCCCUGUGACGCACAUUAGUAUUGCAAGCCUUUCAAACAAAUGAAACUGAUUGUCUGACAAGUUCCCAUCGUGCGCGUUUGGUCGGUGAUUCGUGCUUUUGGCUGUGGAUUAGCACCACCUUUUACGUGCGGACAAAUUUUGGAUAUUAUGCCAACAUUGUGAUACAUUGUGAAAUCCUAAUCGUGUGAGUGUUUCGUGUAGAUUGAGUGAAUAAAAUUGAACUAAUAGGUAUUAUAAUGUUU